GGUCCAAAAGCCCCCAACUCAUUUCUUCGGCGAAGCCGGAACAGAAAGCGAGCAUCCCCAAACAGAGCAGACUCUUUUUCCCUCUCUCUCUAACCCUUUCUCUCUCAUAUAUCGCAUCGCACCGUCGGAGAGAAGAAGAAAAACAGGGAAAAGAUAGACUCGAUGGCGAGCCUCUGGCGCGCCGCGACCGGUUCGACCGGCCCCAAACCGGACGACCCGAGCGCGAGCAUCGAGUUCUGGACGAGCCCGGAGCGGACCGGGUGGCUGACGAAGCAGGGCGAGUACAUAAAGACAUGGAGACGCCGCUGGUUCGUCCUCAAGCAAGGCCAUCUCUUCUGGUUCAAGGAAUCUCACGUGACUCGCUCUUCCAAGUCACGUGGCAUCAUCCCCGUCCGCACGUGCCUCACUGUCAAGGGCGCCGAGGACGUCCUCAACAAGCAGUUCGCCUUCGAGCUCUCCACCAACAGAGAAACCAUGUACUUCAUUGCCGAUUCCGAGAAGGAGAAGGAGGAGUGGAUCAACUCCAUCGGCCGCUCCAUCGUCCAGCACUCCCGCUCUGUUACCGACGCUGAGGUUGUUGAUUACUGACCGUCCGAUCUGAUCUGAUGAUCAGGUCGGCUGAUCAGCCCUAAUACAUCUGUAUAUUAGGUGCGCUCCACCUCUCUUAUGUUGAGUUUCUACGAUUGUGGUUUUUUUUCUUGGUUUAUGCAUAAAUUGGGAUCUGGCAGGAGGACGUGUCGGUAAUUUCCUGAUUUGGAUGUAUAGAACUCUGUUUUCUGUGGAUUGCGUGCGGUUAUGAUCUUUUCUGUCAAUGCAUUUCCUUUGAUGUC